CAUCCUGCAGGAACCACUAUGGCUAAACAUGUCAACAUUUUCACAUCGACGGCCCGAGUAUGCGAAUCAUCUUUUGCGCGAGUUAACCAACCUUAUGGACCUGUACGACAAUCGGGCGCAAAACUUCUUGAUAUCCACAAUGAUGACCGCCGUUUUAACAUAUCAUCUUUCGUGGGUGCCGACGAUACGACCGCCUGAAGAGAGCAGGUCUCCACAUUUGGGCGGCUAUAAUCAUGGCUACUACGAUCCACUUUGGGCGCAACUUAGCGACUUAUAUGGGCAUGUCGGUCAUCAAAGUCGCAUGGCACGAACUAUCGUUGUCGGCCAACAGCCAGCUGUUGUACGAAGGAUAAUAUAUGUCUUGAGUUAUUUCAUUCGGUGUAACGAAGUAUACGACAAUAUGGAAGUUCUAGCCACGGAUACAGACUCCAAUUCUAUUUUUGGAAAAGAGUUUCCUAUGGAAGAUACCAGCGGGGAGAUGGAAGACCACAUUGUACAGCAAUUGAUGGGUUCGGCUGAAAGCAAAUCCAUAAAUAUACCACGAAAAAAAGGGGAGGAUGCAAGUUAUCGGGAAAACAUUUCCGUAGCGUCUUCUCUAGACACUACCUCGCCAAUUAAAGAAGAUAACCAGGGCUAUCGGUCGUCGUCCCAAACCAUCCCACCUACACAAGUUAACUUUGACACCGCUGCCCAUACAACGGCAGUGGCUAGUGCCAUUGCCGCAGAAACGAGAGAAUUGAGACAAGAAAGAGGAAGCUAUUCCGAUUCUAGAAGCCCAUCCUUGAGCUCAAGAUCACAAUCUACCGACGCCGAUUGCUGCUAUCCCUUGUCUAUGCCCAAAUCGUACAUAUAUCACAUGGAGCCGGAUAUUACGCUCGCUAAAGAGACAGGUGUACCAUCAGCAGCAGCAGACGAGCUAUUUGCAAAGUCCUAUGGAAGGUCACUUAUGGUUGGAUAUUGCAACUCGUACAAAUCGGAUUUCGUUUUGAUGGGCUUACCCAACAAUUCCUUCAUCGACGCCUUGGAGUCAGAUAUGCGGGACACUUUGACUCAAUAUUCACUUACGAAUGAUACCUCUGAAGCCGUGUGCAUUGUCAUUGACACCAACACUUCGCGAUGUCGCACUCUUCACCAACGACCAGACGAACCGGAUCAAGCACUAAAAGAUGAUUGGCGGUAUAUGCAAAUGUCAAGUUUAGUUCACCAAAUGUUGACGGACCUCAAGCGAAAAUUUCAAAACGGCGUUGGAGCAGAAGAGUGCUUGGGAUGGCUCGAAGACCAGUUACAAUUAUUGUACCUUCGAAGUACUUUCCUACAAGAGGCAGUUUACCAGCGGCGAAACGGAUACAAUGCCCUCGAUGAACAACCAUUUUUCAACGACCCCAAGUCUUUAGCGGCUGAAAUCAGGGUUGAAGAAAAUGAUAUACCUCUGCUCAUCAAUAUCUGCAGUACUUAUGACGAAAAACUGCCCUCCAUCCUCGCACAAAUUGACCUGUAGACCUCGCUGUUGUUCUUCGAUCCAGCUUUCUUUUCUUUUUCUACUCUAUCUGUUCAUCAAAGUUUAACUGUAGCAGCUUAAUACUAAUUCGCUUAACAUGAUUCCCUCUCACUUUCUAUGUUCAUCACCUGUAGUUAUAGCAUUUAUACACCGUUCCUUCCAGAUUUUGGCCCUUCGUUUUAAUGUAAGACACUAUUAUUCCAUGGCGCGUAUGACUUUUACU